CUCCUCACGGGUUCUCGAAAAUACAGUGGCUUGCGAACUGGACUUCCAAGGUUUCUCCCCAAACAGAUUUUUCCCGGCAGAUCCUAGCUUCAGUAAGUGGGAUAUAUCCCCUGCUCUCCCCCGCCGACCCUUGUGGGAAUUGGUGUGUUUCCUUUCAUCCAGGAUACUGCCCCCAUCCCAUGUGAAGUUACGUCCGAGCUCGCUAAGCCUAGCAGCCGACGCUUGGAAUAUUGCUAAAAUUGACUCUUAUUCUUCUGCGACCCCUAAUUUUGUGCAGGAUACUACGAUGGUCCAUGUCACAGACGAUCAGUUGGUGCAGUUCUCCCUUGAGGAGGUGCAGUCGACGGAAUUCAGGAGCUCCCGCAUGCCGUUAGGGCGCCUCUUUACAGAUAGUCCAAUAAAUCCGAUCGAAGUGCGGGAAGCUGUUAACUACCACUGUCAGGAAAAGAAUCAAAUCAAGGUGCUCAUUGCGAAGCAUGGGCUGCUGGAGUUUGUGUUGCCAACCAAAGAAUCCAAAAACUGGGUUUUAAAGCGAACUCCAUGGAUUAUUAAAGAUAACAUACUCCACCUCCGGCCAUGGUCGCAUAACGUUACCAAGAGAACUUUUGAGGAGUUGGCUAUUGCCGCUUUCCGGGUUUAGUUAUGGAAUGUGAAAGAAGAUUGCUGCACCAAGCAAUUUGGCCACUGAUGACUCGGUAUUUGCACAUGUUUUCCCCUUUGUUUCUUGAUUGUUUGAGCUUGAAUUAUCGUUUCUUUGGCCUAUUUUACACUAGGUUGUGUUCCUUUGUCACAUUUCAGGUCCUAGCACAUAAAGUGAAGCAUAGGCGCAAGUUUCAAGUCAAUCAGAGAUCAAUUGACGAUUCGGGAGAAUAAACUCGGGUAUGACCU